UGAAAAUCAUGACUUCUAUGAUGAUCUACAGAAAGUGAUAGAAGAAAUGAAUCUCAUCGAGAAAGAGGUGAAGACGAUUACAGAUGAAGCUCUUUUGCAGCAAAAGCCCACCGGUGAAUUGACAUCCUCUUCGACCGUGAAGGAACACGUGAUGGUGGGGUUUGAAGAAGUUUUUCUUGAAGUGUUGGAUAAGCUCACUGGAGAUCGACUCCACCGCCAAAUCAUCCCCAUCACGGGGAUGGGCGGAAUUGGUCUUUUGGCAAAAUCAGAGUGCACAAGAGAAUGUUGGGAGCGUAUGGAACAAAAUUUAAAUUCAAUUGUUAUUAACAAUAAUGAUGAAUUUUGCUUGAAAGUAUUAAGGAUGAGCUAUCUCUAUCUGCCAAACUAUUUGAAGCCAUGUUUUUUGUAUAUGGGUGUUUUUGAGGAAGAUCGAAGAAUUCGUGUAUCAAUGCUUGAGAAGCUAUGGGUUUCCGAAGGCUUUUUGAAGCCGCAGAGUGGGAAAUGUUUGGAAACGAUUGCGCAAGAGUACCUUAAGGAGUUGGUUGAUAGAAAUCUUAUUUUAAUUGAUAAGUUGGGGUCUAUUGGAAAGAUUAAGUAUUGUAAAGUUCAUGAUUUGUUGAGAGAUUUGUGUUUGAAAGAGGCUGAAAAAGAAAUGUAUUAUCACGUCUUAAGAGAUGAUCCUCUACGCAUAAAUAGCGCACGUCGGGUUGUUCUUAAGACCAGAGGGUCGAUAAUGAGUGAAGUCUUUAGAUCUUUGUCACAUGCUCGCUCCUUAAUAUGUGAUUUUCAAGAGGGGGAUGGAGACGUUCGACUACCUCACAAUCUUGGAUUGUUGAGGACAUUUAAAGCAUAUGAUGAUAACUCUAAUUCUUGGAAUAGUGUUCAUUAUCUAGAUAAUGUGUUUGAAUUGGUGAACUCGCGGUAUCUUGCUGUUAGAAUCCAUGACGAGUCCAAAUUCCCUUCUUCGAUUGAUCUGCUUUGGAAUCUGCACACAUUGAUCAUUUAUUGUUCGAAUGUUCUUAUUGUACCGACUGAAAUUUGGAAAUUGCAUCAACUUCGACAUCUCGUGUUUGAGGAAGGCGAGGUGAUUCUCACAUGUCCUCCAAGUAGCGAUAAUGACAUUGUUAUCUUGGAGAAUCUGGAGACACUCAAAGGAGUUCAAAAUUUAUUCUUGAAUGAGGAAGUGGUUAAAAGAAUUCACAAUGUGAAGAAAUUGCAUCUCAACUACUAUGUCAAUCAAAUGAAAGGAGGAAAUUGUCUCAGCCAUCUUCAGUGUUUAAGUAGAUUGGAAAACUUACGUUGUGAAAUCGAAAAUAUAUGUAAUGAGUAUUUGCAGCGGAUUAUGUUCCCACACUCCCUCAAGAAGUUGUGUAUUGUGGUCUCCUAUGAUGUGGAGUUGGAGUUGGAAGACAUGAUGCUGAAAAUCGGUUCAUUGCCCCUUCUCGAGAAGUUUGUAUUAAAAGGUGGCCGCUUCAUAACACGCAAGUGGGAAACAGUUGAAGGCCACUUCCUGAGCCUAAAGUUUCUACGGUUGCAGUCCUGCGACGGUCUACAAGAUUGGAUUGUGGCGGAUAGCUCCCACUUUCCACUUCUACAGAAGGUUCGCCUUUGUUAUUUAGGUCGACUGAAGGAGAUCCCAUCGGAAGUUGGAGAAAUAGCAACGCUAAAAUCAGUUUUAUUGGAUUAUUGUAGUGAAUCAGCGGUAGUGUCUGCUAAAAAGAUAGUAGAGGAACAAGAGGAUUUAUACGGAGACGAACUAGACCUUCAUGUUCGAGCUAUAGUUUAUGAGAAGCAAAAGGAGCUGAAGAGCUUGGCAACGACCAACUUUGAAGUUAAAGUGGGAAUGUUUUAGUGUUGGAUUUCAUGUAGCAUGGAAAAGUAGUGUUGGGCCUCACUUCCUCUUCCAUUCCAACUCAAGAAUAGAAGAUGCUGAAACCGUGAAGCCCGAGCUAGCUUGUUAGAAUGGAAUAGAAGCAUUGAAGAUCUUAGUUUGUUUCGAGGUGUAUGUAAAUGCGCAAGCCCAACCACAACUGCAACUGCAACCGCAACCGCAACAAUUGAAGAGGACUUCUUUCAUGAACUUCAACAAGUGAUAGAAGAGUUGAAUCUGAUAAGGAAAGAAGCCAUGGAGAUUGUAGUUGUCACUCGGCUGCAGAGAGAGGUUCCCUGUGCUAGCUCGUUGACAUCUUCUUCCACCGCGAAGAAAAACGUGAUGGUGGGCUUUGACGAUGUAUUUCUUGAAGUUUUGGAUAAGCUCACUGGAGAUCAACUCAACUGCCAAGUCAUCCCAACUGCCAAGUCAUCCCAUUCACAGGGAUGGGUGAAAUUGGUAAGACCACUCUUGCCUGAAAUCUAUUUGAGAAUGCACUUGUUAAAAAGCAUUUGGAUAUUCGUAACACAACUUUAUUAUAUCAAGUA